AUGAACAACCUGGAGGAAGGGGUGGAAUUCCUCCCUGCCAUGAACUCCAAGAAGAUGGAGAAGCGCGGCCCAAAGCGGCGGGUGGUGGUCACCGUCGUGAUUGUUGUUUUCCUUCUCAUCUCCCUCGUCACCGGCCUCCUGGUCUGGCACUUCAAAUACCGGAACGUGGCUGUCCGGAAGGUUUUCAAUGGCCACCUGCGGGUUCUAAACUGGGAUUUCCUCGACGCUUACGAGAAUUCCAGCUCGCCAGAGUUCAUCAUGCUGGCCAGGAAGGUGAAGAGCACGGUGGAGGAGAUCUACAGGAAUCACGCGGAUAUUGGCCCUUACCACAAAGAGACGGUGAUAACUGCGUUCAGCGAAGGCAGCGUCAUUGCCUACUACUGGUCGGAAUUCCUUGUCCCCAAGUACCGGGAGGAGAGUCUGGACAGGGCAAUGGCAGAUAAGCAGAGCCUGGUCCAGAGGUGGAACCCCCGCUUGCGCAACCCCAUGCUGAAGGUGGAGUCAGUCGUCGCUUUCCCUGCUGACCCCAGCAUAGCCUACUCCACUCGGGACAACAGCUGCAUGUUUGCGCUCCACGCCAGGGAAGGGGAGGUCACCAGUUUCACCACGCCGGGCUUCCCCAACAGCCCGUACCCCAACAACGCGCUCUGCUACUGGACGCUGAGGGCGGACGCCAGCUCCAUCAUCAGCCUCACCUUCAAGACGCUAGAGCUGGAGCAGUGCACGGACGACAGCGACUACGUCAAGGUGUACAACUCCCUGAGCCCCGUGGAGCCCCACGCGUUGGUCAGGCUCUGUGGGAAUUACGCCCCUUCCUACAACCUGACCUUCCUCUCCUCCCAGAACGUCAUGCUCGUCACUUUGGUUACCAACAGGGAGGGGAGAUUCCCUGGCUUUAAGGCAGAGUUCUUCCAGCUUCCCAAAAUGAGAGCCUGCGGCGGGACUCUGAAAGGAGAGAGCGGCACCUUCACGACUCCCUAUUACCCGGCACACUACCCCCCGGCCACGGACUGUGUCUGGAACAUUGAGGUUCCCUCUAAAAAGAACGUGAAGGUGCGUUUCAACACGUUCUUUGUGCUGGAGCCCGGGAUCCCCGUCAGCUCCUGCACCAAGGACUAUGUGCAGAUCAACAGCACGAGGUACUGUGGGGAGCGCUCCCAGUUUGUGGUGGCCAGUACUACCAACAAAAUAGAGGUCCGGUUCCACUCCGACCAGUCCUACACGGACACUGGCUUCUCGGCCGAGUACCUGUCAUACGACUCCAGUGACCCCUGCCCUGGCAAGUUUACCUGUGACACCGGCCGCUGCAUCGACAGAAGGAUGCACUGCGACGGCUGGCUGGACUGCGUGGACGGCAGCGACGAGAGAUCCUGCACCUGUACGGAGCAGCAGUUCAGGUGCCAGAACGGCUGGUGCAAGCCCAAGUUCUGGGUCUGCGACAACGUGAACGACUGCGGCGACAACAGCGACGAGCUGCAGUGCAGUUGUCCAGCUGACAGCUUCAAGUGCAACAACGGGAAGUGUGUCCCCGAGGCGCAGAAGUGUGACGGCAAGGACGACUGCGGGGACGGGAGCGACGAGGGCAGCUGCACGGGCCAGGCCACCGUUCCCUGCAAGGACUACACAUACAAAUGCCGGAGCGGGCGCUGCAUCAGCAAGCAGAACCCAGAGUGUGAUGGGGAGCAGGACUGCGGGGACAACUCUGAUGAGGACAACUGCAGCUGUGGGAUCCGCUCCUACGUGAGGAAGUCGCGGAUCGUUGGCGGGCAGAACUCAGACGUGGGAGAAUGGCCGUGGCAGGUCAGCCUCCACGCCAAGGGCCAGGGCCACAUCUGCGGGGCCUCGCUGGUCUCACCCAGCUGGCUGGUGUCGGCAGCGCAUUGCUUCCUGCAACUCCAGGGCAUCAGGUACUCGGACCCCAGCCUGUGGACAGCCUACCUGGGCCUCACCAACCAGGGCAACCGCAACGACGCCAACGUGCAAGCGCGGAAAAUCAAGCGCAUCAUCUCCCACCCCUACUUCAACGACUACACCUACGACUACGACAUCGCCGUGAUGGAGCUCCAGACCCCUGUCACCUUCUCCUCCGUCGUCCAGCCCAUCUGCCUGCCCGAUGCCACCCACAACUUCCCUGUGGGCAAGGACCUGUGGGUGACGGGGUGGGGAGCGACUGCGGAAGGAGGCAGCGGAGCCUCCAUUCUGCAGAAAGCUGAAAUCCGGCUCAUCAACCAGACUGUGUGCAACAAGCUGCUGACGGACCAGCUCACGCCGCGCAUGAUGUGCGUGGGCAUCCUGACCGGCGGCGUGGAUGCCUGCCAGGGAGACUCCGGGGGGCCCCUGGUCAGCGUGGAGCCCAGCAGUCGGAUGUUCCUGGCCGGCGUAGUGAGCUGGGGCGACGGCUGCGCCCAGAGGAACAAGCCUGGAGUCUACACCCGCCUCACCAGCCUGCGCGCCUGGAUCAAAGAGCAGACGGGCCUUUAG